UAGUUGGAAGCCAUUGCCAAAGCUUGAGAUGCGAAUCGGAGAAAAGAUGUUCGGGUAUAUCAAGGAACCUUGGGGUAUAUAAACAAUCCCGCGAGUAAAUUCCUGUCGUUUCCCUGGCAAGGAGAGCUGCUUGUGCGUUGUGCCCUGACCUGACGCAUUGAAUGAAACCAUGAUGAGGCACAAGCGCCCAGCAGCCAUGCCAUCAAGAGGGGAAGAAAUCCAAAUGGCAUUAAAGGAACGCAUUCUUGUAAUUGAUGGGGCCAUGGGAACUAUGAUCCAGCAUCACUCCUUGAAGGAAGAAGACUACCGAGGAGAGGAAUUUAAAGAUCACCAUACCAGUGUGAAAGGCAAUAAUGACUUACUGUCUUUAACAAAACCUCAAAUUAUUUUGAAUAUUCACAAGGCUUACUUGGAAGCUGGUGCAGACAUUGUGGAGACAAACACAUUCAGUGGAACACGAGUAGCCCAGGCUGACUAUCACUUAGAACAUGUCUGUUACAGACUGAACUUGGAAUCUGCUCGACUAGCCAGGCGUGCAGCAGAUGAAGUAUCAGCGUCAUCAGGAAGGCAACGAUAUGUUGCAGGUGCAAUGGGACCUACUAACCGAACACUCUCCAUCUCUCCAUCUGUAGAACGACCAGAUUAUAGGAAUAUUACCUGGGAUGUUUUGGUGGAAGCCUACAUGGAACAAGCGCGAGGACUCCUUGAUGGUGGUGUGGACAUCCUCCUAGUAGAGACCAUCUUUGACACAGCCAAUGCAAAAGCUGCCUUAUUUGCCAUUCAAACUCUAUUUGAGAUGGAAUACAAUCCCAUACCAUUGUUUAUCUCUGGUACCAUUGUAGACAAGUCUGGCCGCACUCUAUCAGGUCAGAUGGGGGAAGCAUUUGUGAUUAGUGUGUCCCAUGCUCAACCAGUAUGUAUUGGACUCAACUGUGCCCUUGGUGCUAUAGAAAUGAGACCUUUCAUUGAGAAUAUUAGUCAGAAUACAAGUGCAGCCAUUAUUUGCUACCCAAAUGCUGGUUUGCCCAAUACCUUUGGGGAAUAUGAGGAAACCCCAGAGACUACUGCCAAUCAUAUCUGGGAUUUUGCCAAGGAUGGUUUAGUGAAUGUAGUUGGUGGUUGUUGUGGAACUACUCCAGAUCAUAUCAGGGCUAUUGCAGAAGCUGUAUCAACUAUGAAACCCCGAUCUGCUUCCUCUGCCCUCUAUCAAGAUGCACUACUGCUGAGUGGCUUGGAGCCAAUGAAGAUAACUUCUGAGACAAACUUUGUUAACAUUGGUGAAAGAUGUAAUGUCUCUGGCUCUAAGAAGUUUUGUCGGCUGAUUAAAGAUGGACUGUUUGAAGAAGCUCUUAGUAUUGCAAAGACACAAGUUGAAAAUGGUGCCCAGAUACUUGAUGUAAAUAUGGAUGAAGGCCUCUUGGACAGUCAUGCAGCAAUGUACCGUUUUCUGAACCUGAUAUCCACUGAGCCAGACAUUUGCAAGGUUCCCAUUUGUAUUGAUUCUUCAAAUUUUGAUGUCAUUGAAACUGGCUUGAAAGUCAUCCAGGGGAAGUCCUUGGUCAACUCCAUCUCUCUCAAGGAGAGUGAAGAGGACUUUAUUUGUAAAGCCAAGUUAAUCAAGAAGUAUGGAGCAGCAGUAGUUGUCAUGGCCUUUGAUGAAAAAGGACAGGCUGUGGAUGUAGACAGCAAAGUCAAGAUUUGUCAGCGAUCUUACAAGAUUCUGGUGGAUAAGAUUGGAUUUAACCCAAAUGAUAUAAUCUUUGAUCCUAAUAUCCUGACAGUGGCUACAGGAAUAGAGGAACAUAACAUGUAUGGCAUGAAUUUUAUUGAAGCUACUAAGAUAAUAAAGGCCACCUGCUCCAGGGCACGAGUGAGUGGAGGAGUGAGUAAUUUCUCUUUCUCUUUCCGCGGAAAGGAUGCAAUGCGUGAAGCCAUGCAUUCAGUUUUCUUGUAUCAUGCUAUAAAGGCUGGAAUGGAUAUGGGAAUUGUAAAUGCUGGUUGCUUGCCUGUUUAUGAUGACAUUGAACCAGAGCUGUUAAAGUUGUGUGAAGCACUCUUGUGGAAUACUGACCCAGAUUGUACUGAAAAACUGCUUGCUUAUGCUGAUCAGAGUACUAACCAAUUGAGAAACAGUGUUGUGCAAGAUGACUGGAGAACCAAAAGUGUUGAAGAAAGAUUGCAAUACUCUCUUAUAAAGGGUAUUGAUGCAUUUAUUGAGGAAGACACUGAGGCAGCUCGAUCAGAUUCAUCAAGAUAUCUUAGGCCACUGAAUGUCAUUGAGGGUCCUCUUAUGAGUGGAAUGGGUGUAGUGGGGGAACUGUUUGGGGCUGGAAAAAUGUUUUUGCCCCAAGUUAUCAAGAGUGCACGAGUCAUGAAGAAGGCUGUGGGUUACCUCAUCCCAUUCAUGGAAGAUGAACGAACUUCAUUGAUGAACAAAUUAGAAGAUGCUGAACCAAAGAGAGAGAUAUAUAAUGGCACCAUAGUUUUAGCCACAGUUAAAGGAGAUGUCCAUGAUAUUGGCAAGAAUAUUGUGGGAGUGGUGUUGGGCUGUAAUAACUAUAAAGUAAUUGACUUGGGUGUGAUGUGUUCGAGUGAUAAGAUCUUACAGUGUGCCCUUGCAGAGAAAGCAGACAUCAUUGGACUCUCUGGACUCAUAACUCCUUCCCUUGAUGAAAUGAUCCAUGUAGCCAAAGAGAUGGAGAGAAUUGGCCUCCAGAUUCCUCUCCUGAUUGGAGGAGCUACAACUUCACGAACCCAUACUGCUGUUAAGAUUGCGCCUAAAUACAGAAACCCUGUGGUACAUGUGGUGGAUGCUUCCAAAAGUGUGGUGGUGUGCUCAUCAUUACUGGACAGGAAAAUACAUGAUGAUUUUAUUGAAGAUCUUAAUGAAGACUAUGAAAUAAUCAGGGAGGAACACUAUGAAAAUCUGAAAGAUAGAAAAUAUGUGACCAUUAAUGAAGCCCGUAAGCGUUCUUUCAAGAUCGACUGGGGUUCAAGAUUCAGACCAGUUAUUCCAAAGUUUCUGGGCACAAAGGUAUUUAACAAUUAUGACUUAUCCUUAUUAGUACCAUACAUUGAUUGGAAGCCAUUCUUUGAUGUGUGGCAGUUACGUGGAAAAUAUCCUAACAGGGGCUUUCCAAAGAUCUUCAAUGAUGCUACUGUUGGAGAAGAAGCUAAGCGUGUCUUUGAUGAUGCCCAAAAGCUGCUGUCUAGGAUUCUCUUCGAAGGCAGCCUGCAGCCUCAGGGUGUGGUUGCCUUUUAUCCAGCCAACAGCUCAGGCGAUGACAUUGAACUCUAUGAAGAUGAAUUACGGUCUAAAGUUGUGGCCAAACUCUUUGGUUUGAGACAGCAGGCAGAGAAGGAAGCACAAGGCACCUUUUGCUGCAUCUCAGAUUUUAUUGCUCCUCGGGAAAGUGGCAUCCAGGAUUACAUAGGGAUGUUCGCUGUCACUGCUGGUUUUGGAGUUGAUGCUUUAUGUGCAGAAUUCCAACAGGAUUAUGAUGAUUAUAGUGUCAUCCUGGUGAAAGCCCUUGCUGACAGAUUAGCUGAGGCAUUUGCUGAAGAGCUACAUGAAAGAGUAAGGAAAGAUUUAUGGGGCUAUGCAAAUAAUGAAGACCUGCAAGCUAGUGAAAUGCACAGAGUAAGAUAUGAGGGAAUACGGCCUGCCCCAGGUUAUCCAAUUCAGCCGGAUCACCAGGAAAAACAGACAAUGUGGAAACUGAUGAAGGUGAAAGAGCAUACAGGUAUUGGCUUAACAGAAGCAUUAGCAAUGACUCCAGCUGCUUCUGUGUCUGGCUUGUAUUUUGCCCACCCAGACAGCCAUUAUUUCUCUGUGGGAAAACUGGGAAAAGAUCAGGUCAUGGACUAUGCUAAUCGCAAAGAGACAGACAUUGUGCAGGUGGAGAAGUGGAUUAACACAAAUUUAUCAUAUGAUCCAGCAGAAGAGUAAAUGAUGAAUUAAGGAGCAUUUAAUGGGCUUAUGUAAAAAUUUCUAUAAUGAUUUAAUUUUGUUUAAGAAUCUUUUAAUUUUACAACUAUAUUUUAGCUGUAAUAGCCAUGUUAAUAAAAUAAUUAGUUUCAUCA